GGUAGAAGCUAAGCUGCAGCAGCAGAUAGACAGACAGACAUACAGCUCUGUGUUUGUGAGCUCAUAGCGGUUUCUCCUCCUCCUCUCACCACCAGGCUCUCUCUCUCUCUCUCUCUCUUUCUGGUUUUCUUACUUUUCGCCUGAACUUUACUUGCAGUGCGAUCGACGCGUCGAGCAUCACCGCUCUGUCUGCGAGAGGUUUGGACAACUUCCUUCGGCACGAUGGACUGAACCAGGUCUCCUGUCAGGAGUGCGGAUACUUCAAACAGAAAACGCUUGAUUUGUAUGUUAGCUAUUUUUUACAUUUUAUUUUAUUGAGAGAUUUCGACCUGUUUUCUCCAUUAUGGAAGAGGACGAGGGGCAUCAUGAGAACGGGGUUCACGUCGUGAAGGACUCGGACAGACAGCAGCGGCUCCGGCUCUGCGUUUUGAACGAAAUACUCAACACAGAGCGGGACUAUGUCCGGACGCUGCUCUUCCUUCAGUCGGCGUUUCUUCAGAGAAUCAGGCAAAUUCCAGACGACCAACAGUGUCUUUCACCUGAACACAUCAAGAUCCUGUUUUCCAACAUCGAGGACAUCCUGGAGUUGCACAGAAAGGUGCUCUCUGCUGUGGAGGCCGGCUUGCAGCCUGAACCUCAUCCUAACCACUCGCUGGGCCACGUGUUCCUGCAGUUUGGAUAUUACUACUUCAGGUUCAACAUUAUGGCGCUGAUAGAUUAUAUUAAAGAGACGUCGCAAAUUACUGGAUAUCUGCCUGCCCCUUACAAACCCUAUCUGGUCUGGGUGAACAAGUUUGGGAAGAACAUCUUCGAGCCUGCCAGCAAGGAUCUUUGCCAAAAUCUUAUAAUCACAACAUAG